UCUGUUUGGCACGAAAAGAAUGAUAAAAAUUGAAAAGGCAGUUCUAGGAAAGACGUUACGGAUAUACGUACAGUUAUAUUGAAGGGGAAAUAUUGUGUCAGUCUAAAGGAGACAAGAUUUUGUAAGUUGCGGAGGUAAAUGGAAGCAUGCUUUCUGAAAUCACAAUCCAGGAUGUCUUAUAGUGAGAAAAAAGACGCACCUUUUGCUUACGAGUCUGCUGUGCACUGUAAAAAUCUUCUGCUUCGUCUGAACACCCAAAGAGAACAGGGCCUUCUAUGUGAUGUGACCAUUGUAGUGGAAGAUCAGAGGUUUCAAGCUCACCGGGCCGUUCUUGCUGCUUGCAGUGAUUAUUUUCUGUCACACGUUGUGCAGCCGUGCAAUGGUGACUUCAUCAUCACCUUGCCUGAAGAGGUAACGGUGAAAGGCUUUGGCCCUCUUCUUCAAUUUGCGUACACUUCUAGACUUCUUGUCAACAAAGACAAUUUAUCAGACAUCAGAACAUGUGCAAAGAUAUUGGAGAUCCAUGACAUUGAAGAAACUUGUUUCCAAUUUCUCAAAUUAAAAUAUUUGGACAACAAGCCUCAAGUAGAGCCUCAAGAUUUCCCAAGAAAAAAAUGUUGUAAGUCUUUUUGUCCUAAAGCAAGCCUUCAGCGUCAGCAAGACGAUGGGGCUCGUCUACAAAUUAAUGAAGUAGAAGAACUUUGGAGAGAGGAAUUUCCUGCAAAUCGCAAAUGUGCUACUGAGAUUGAAAAUCUAUCUGCAGCUCCACAAAGUCCUAAAAGGCCAUGUGAAACUUUAUGCUUUGAGAAGGAAAAUUCCCCAGGAUUCUCCUCUCUCUGCCCAAAAUACAGGAAGUUUCAGAAAGCUUGUAAAAUUGGUCGGAUUAGAUCUGUAAGCACAUGUUCCAGCAAUCUAGAAGCUCAAAGCCCCAUGUCUGUGAGGUCCACUGAGUCAUCUGAGAACAUUACUUUGCUGAAAUCUCAGGAAAAUUCAGAUGAUCAGUUAAUCAGUAUAUCUCAAACUCAGCCUUCAGAAAUGGAAAGGAUCGAGGUAAAUACACAUGAUUCUAAUUUAACUUACCACAAUCUUACAUGUGUAGAAGAGAAAACAUGUGCCAAAUUAGUUUUUCCACCUUGUUUUACUUCGGAACCUCGUAAUUUUAAUUCUGUGCCUUUUCCAUGUGCAUAUCCACCAUACAGAAAUGUUAACUAUGUUGAUAUGCCUAACAACUCAAAUGCAGAACUUCUACCAGAGAAGACAAACCAAGAACAAGAUGACAAUCGUGUUGUUGAAUACUCAUGCCCAAAGGUGAUACCUGCAUCGGACUUGUGUGUCAAUGAAGAGCGGAUUGUCACCACAGAACGUAGUAAUGUGGAGAGAGAAGUUGCAGAACAUCUUGCAAAAGGCUUUUGGCCUGACCUAUAUGGAAAUGAAUUGGCCAGUCAACCAGAGAUGACGACAAUGCCUACCAAAGAAACAACUAGCGAAUCCAACGUGGAAAAAAGGCCUGAAUGUCCAUGGAUAGGAAUGUCCAUCACUGAAAGCCAGGAAAGAACUUUUACAACACUCAACUCUGUAACCUGCCCAUUCAUCAGUACCUUCUCCAAUGACGAAGGUACCAACAUGACAGAUUUAAGCAGUGAAGAAUGCAUCCAAAGCAAGCAGCAAGGACAGUGCCCAUAUGAAUGUGCUAUUAGUCUGGAUGGAGACUCAGAAACCGACAGUGAGGAAGAUAGUGUUGGAUCAAUCUCUGCCAAAGAACUGGAAUGUGAGAAACUGCCAGUGAACUCGAAAAAGAUCAUUUCACUUUCCCGUUACGACUUCCAAUCGCUGGUGAAAACGCAUAACCUCACGCCAGAACAGCUAGACUGCAUUCACGACAUUCGUCGGCGCAGUAAAAACAGGAUUGCCGCUCAGCGCUGUCGCAAAAGAAAACUGGACUGCAUUCAAAAUCUGGAAACCGAGAUUAGAAAGCUGCAAAAUGAAAAGGAACACUUACUGAAAGAGAGAGACCAAAUAUUGUCUACACUAGGAGAGACCAAGCAAAACCUGUCUGGACUCUGCCAGCAAGUUUGUCUGGAGGCUGCCCUGAGUCGUGACCAAAUACAAAUCCUGGCAAAGUAUUCCAGCUCAGAAUGCCCACUUACCUUCCUAAUGCCGGAAAAAGACAAAAUGCUUCUGCAGUGCGAAUCUGUGUUGCAAACCUGCACGGAAUUUGGCAAAGGCUUACCUAGUCAAGGACCGGUCGGCCGCUCAGAAGACAUCGUGGAGAGAAAGAUAUUGCAAAACAUGGGUCCAGUACAAAGCUUAACCUCUGAAACCGCUUUGUUAGUGAAAAGCAGCUGUCAAAGCGGGAUAAUUGAUUUUUGUCAACAAAUGACUGACAAGUGCACUACUGAUGAGUUACAAUAACUAUGUUACCAUGGAAGGUAGCGACCACCAUAUUGUCCAAACACAAGCAAUACUUUCGUUUUCUACCUUUUUUCUACAUACAGGAGAUACUUAAAAUGUUUUCUUAGAAAAACCUGAACAUCAAGUAAAGGAAAAGUAAAAAAAAAAA